GUAAAAAGGAGGCAAAACCCUGCUGGAGUUUGACGAGGAAUUGUCACCAUGGAUGCAUGUAUCAUUGAUGAUGUCUCCUUAUUCUCCUAAGCAUUUCUAGCUCAAAAUUGUUUAGGGAUGUGACCCUAUGAUGCUUUAUGUACUACUUUCAAUGAUUUAAUGAUGAUUCCUAUUGUGUUCAACGAUCUUUACUAUUGAUGCUUAAGUCAAUUUAUGCUUGUGUCAUCAAUCGCUUAUGUUAUUUGAUGCUUUAGUUUUUGUAUGCUUUAGAUCAUCGAUGCUUAUGAUUCUGUUAUGUGUUACUAUAUGCAUUUUUCUUAGUAUCAUAUAGAUUGUUAUGAAAUUACCCUCUAGUGAUACCCCAUUGACGCCACACAAAUAUAGAUGGAAUGACCAAACCAUCUAUACCUCGAGUAGUAUCGAUACUUGAUUGUUAGAUUAUCAAUGCUAUAUACUAUGAGUUAUAGAUCAAGAGGCCCGCACUUUACCAUAUGCUAUCCUAACUUCAUUAUUCUUCAUUAAUUAGGCAAUGGUAUGAAGAAAACGCACACAUUAACUAGUCAAGUAUGAUGACCUUUGUCAAACCGGGGUGCUCAUCUAGUACGAUAUUGUCCGCUUUGGGCCAAGCCCGCACGGAUUUACUUUUGGGUGUCCUCCCUAAAAGGCUUCGUACUAAUUGGGAUAGUUGGACACUAAUAUACAAGGGUCCCUUCCCUUGUAUUACCGAUGUGGUACUUGGAUUUUCCCAUAACAAUCCUCCCCUCAAGACAAGGACCACGAACUUCGUGUCCUCUACUUAGCGAUUAUCUUGAUUCGCCAGACGCCUUGUAUCGAUGGGCUUCUUGUUAUAAGGACUUUACCAAACGCACAACUCUCUUUGAUCUGCUUCCCAAAUGCGGAACUCUCUUUGAUCCACCAAAGCCCAAACGUGGAUCUCUCAUGGAUCCACCAAACAGACGUGAAUCACCUUUGACCCGCCAGACAAACGCAGAUCUCAAAUCCCGAGGUCACCAAAUGAAGGUCCCACCAAACUGACGCCCACCGCCCCGUACCGAACCAGAAUCUGAUACCACUUGUCAUAAUUGGGGAGCUCAAUUAGUACGAUAUUGUCCGCUUUGGGCCAAGCCCGCACGGUUGUACUCUUGGGUAUCCUUCGCAAAAGGCCUCGUACUAAUUUGGCUAGGUGGACACUUGUAUACAAGAGUCUCUUCCCUUGUAUUACCGAUUUAGUACUUGGAUUGUCACAUAACAACCUUAGUGUAAGGGAUAGGGCAUCAUAAUAGAUGAUUUAUAGAAACAUCUCAUUGAUGAACUAGUAUGCAUGAUCAUCUAUAUAUCACUACCUAAACAAUCCUUUUACUUGCUUUGUUCCCUUGUUUUGCAUUGUUUUUCAUUUCACUCUUGUUUAGUAGAAUAGAACUCGACCAAGGGAACCUCAACCCACUUCAUUUACUUUUUUUUCCACUUUCAUUCGACACAUUUAGUAUGUUUGAGUAGUUACUAUCAAAGGAUUUAGCGGAAUACGACCCUAGUUUAUCUAGGAUUUUAUUACUUGCAUUGCACUAUACUGCGAUCAUAAAGUUUUUGGCAACGUAACCUCUUGAGUUUGAUUUGUUUUUUUUAAAGAUAAUAUGCUUAAUACAAUUGGAUGGCCAUAACUUUUUCGUUUUUGACAAUAAUAGCCACUUUUUGAAAGAUACAGAGAUAUAGCCAUUUCUUUAAUAACUUUAACGGAAACAUCAUAAACGCUGACUGUACUAACACUUUUGGUGAUGUGGAUGACUUUUCAUCUAGGUUGGAAAUGUUCUCAUUUUUAUGUAAUUAAAGGAAAAAAUAAAAAAUAAAAAGGAUAAAGAAAAUAAGAAGGAAAAUGAGAGUCACGCAGCGGCACUACUGUUCUCAAUCCCCCACCGCACCCUACAGCUUUGUCGUCGCUGACCAGAAACAUAUCCAACCCACUAUCCGCAGCGACGAAGCAACGAACCUGAUCCAACCAUAUCCCAUUCUAUUCAUCUUCCCUUUUUCUCGACUAGAUACCCAAUCAAGAAAACAUAUCUAGAAUCUAUGGAUGGUGGAAUCAAUAGGGCUCCUCUUCUGUCUUUGCCCUGUCGGGAUGUCUCUGCUGAGUUCGUUGUCGAGCGCUCGCCGGUAGGAGAAGCAAUUGUGAAGGAGGUGUUGAGAUCGACUCCAUUCGUCUUCUUCUAGAUCUGUCUAUCUUCUCCUUCCUCUACGAAUCUAGGAUCUACAAUCAAGCGCGUCGUCGUCUUCUUACAUACCCAUUCAUCUUCUUCCGGUGAGAUUGAGAGUCUGAGAGAGAGAGAGAGAGAGAGAGAUUGCAGUCGAGAUGAGAGUGAGAGCAGAUGGAGACGCGACGAACCAUUAGUCGGCGAGCUUGCUUUUAGUGCUCGCCUAGAUUCCAAUUCGUCAAUCCGAUCUCUCCCCAGUCAAUCUCGGCUACCAAAUCCGCCACUAGUCAGUAGUCACCACCAUCGUCGUCUCCUCCACUUAGCCAUUCCAAAUUGGAAAAAAAAUCAAAGAGAGAGAAGUAGGAGAGGUAGAAAUCGAGACUUUGGAGAGGGAGAUCAAGCCGAAGGUGGGGACAAAAGAGAAAGAUAACAAUAAUAAUAAUAAUAAAAUAAAGUAUUUUUUAUAAAAAAUUAAAAUUUUAAUUUGACAUGGCAUCUAGGUGGCAUGCGAGUCUAGUUGGAGCUAAUGUGGGAGCUAAGGUGGCAUCCACAUCAACAUCCUGUUAGCGGUGUUAAAGUUUUUAACAUAAAUGGCUACUUUUGUCAAACGAGUUUCCAAAAUGUGACUACAAGUGUGUAUUUUUAAAAAAGUGGCUAUUAUUGUCAAUAAGCCAAAAGUUAUAGCUAUGUAGGUGAAUUAAACCAAGAUAAUAUAUUAUGCACUAGUUGACUUUGUUUUGUAGGAUUCGAACUUGAGGAAGUCAUAACAACCCCUACAAGGAGCAUCACUCAAAGAAAGAUGGGCAUCCUAUCUUUAUUCGAGUAUUUUAGGCCAAAGAUGUGUCACAUUUUGAGGCAAGAAUGUCAAUCCACCACUAUGUUAUUAUGAAAAAGGAUUCAUGUCAACCGGGAUAGCAAGGAAUGGAUCCAAAAGAUGUGAAGCUACCAAGAGAGCCAUAUGGAGAAUACCCAACUAUAGAGGAGUUGGAGCAAGCUCUCGAUGUUCUCGAUGCAAGAAACCAGAUCAAUUCAGAACCUCAUAGGAGAAUCGAUGCUAGAAUCAAUGUUGAAAGACUAAAGCAACUACUAGAAGAUGUUCAAAUCAUCGAGGAAAACCCAAAGUCAAUAAAGAACGUUCCAACAAGAUGCAUGAAGGUUUUGGAGAGAUAAAAAUCACGAAGGGGCUCAUGGAUCAUGAAGAAGUCGUGGGCUAUGGAGAGGAGGAAGAUCAUCUCAAGGCCAACCCAUUAGACGAGGAAGAAUAUGGAGAGAUCUUAGACCAAGAAGAGGAGGACCAUCAUAAGGCCAACGAAUUUGAUGAUGAAGAAGAAGAUGGGUUUAUAAUUUAAUCUUCAGAAGAAGAAAAAGACAAGAGACCCCAUCGGGAAGAUGUGAAGGACGAAGAAAGCUACUCACAACAUGUCCAAAGCAUCAUACCAACCAUUAAGGCCAUGCUCGAGAAUCUUCAACCUAUCCAUGAAAAGAAAAAUGAUCAACCUAACAAGGAACUUCAAGAAGAAGAUCAUCUUAAGGCUGACGAAUUUGACAAUGAAGAGGAUCUUAAGACUCACUAUUUAGAAAUAGAGGAUGAGAUACCUCCCCUAAGAGUAGUAAUGGAGGAAGAAGGUUGCAGUGUUGGAGAACUUACACUAAUACAAACUUUCUUGAAUUCAUGGGACGAUGUUUAAGCCUUUACACCCCUGAAGGGCUUUGGUUGUUUUACUGUCCAUUAGACUGUGGAAGAUAUGAAAAUAGCUUGGAAUCUCUUAAGCUGACCAAGCCUUCUUAGACAAAAUACCGACAGGCGACUAACCUUCACCGAUACAGACUGCUAAGGCGAUUCAUACAUAUCCUCUCUACUUGGAACAAAUUCCAGUGCAAAAUAGUGAAUUGACUGACUCUCGUACAAUAAAUUCACUACUAUCAAUUGAAGAAGCUCUUAUAACCUCAUCAUAUUCUAUCUAUCAUAGGUUAAAGUAGAAGUCAAGAGAACUUGAUCAGGAUUCAAUUGACUCAAUAAACAUGCAUCAGUUGAUUAAAAUCAUCCAGUAUAAUAUCCAAAAGUCAUUACAAGCAAGAUUCCUAACACAUGGAACUAGGGUUCUUUAUACCCAAGUGAGAGAGAGGUUUACUCCAGAGAGAGAGAGGGAGGAAAAAAUAAAUCAAAGCACUCAUAUUUAUAAUGAUGUGUAUAAACUACUCUGGGAUGUCAAUCUUCACUCCUGGAGACGCAAUAUGGGCUUCAAUGGUGAGAAAUCCACUCCAAAUAGCUCCUAGGGUUUGUUCUUCAUCACUUUCUCUUUCUAGAACUCAGUUUUUGCUAAGAAAACUCGAAUCUCCAUCCUUUGGAUGAAUCUGCUAGUUUAACCCGAUACUAGGCAAAACACGGGCGGCCAGUUACACGACCGUGUUCUGGCCGUGUCCCGCCCGUGUAUUGUAUCCUUCAGUCACAUUCAUGAGCCGACUCCACGAUCGCAUAUGAGGAAACACGGCCGUGUCCGAGUGAAACACGAUCGUGUUUUUCUUUGGACUUGCCUGUGAUUUCCAUUCUUUAACAACCUUCACGAACCCACCUUCGGCAUAAAAAAACACGGUCGCGGUGCUUUGCAUAUAAGGGCGUGUUUUGGAAGACGCUCGCCCGUGUUUUGCUCUUGACUCUUCGUCACCUUCGCACUAAAAAACACCGGCGUGCCCCGGGUGAAAACAUGAUAUUUUCCUAUGCAGGGGACGCCCGUGUUUUGCUCCAAAGUUGCCAAAUGAUCUCCAAACAACCCGAAACUCGCGCCUAAGCCUUCUUCCAAAGACUAGGACCUGAAAUCUGACAAAAGAGCACAACGCAGCAUAAAAUAGGCUAAUGAACCAUAAAUCCGAUC